CGCUGUGCGACCAUUAAAUCUUGAUCUCUCGUUAACCCGACGAGUUCGACGUCGUGUUUUAGCGUCGUCAUUAGUGGUCGCUGUAUUUAACGCUAAAUGCAAGAUGAAAAUACGCAGCCAAACAUUCACCCUACAGUGUAGCUCUCGUUUUACUUUUUUCUUUCUCUCUCUCUUUCUUUUUCUCUUCUCUUUCUCGAGAAUCCCGGCCCACCCCCAACGCGAAUGAGCAGGCGCGCGACGUUCACCACGCAGGAAUCAAUAGGGGUUGCGUCGCGUUUGCACGGAGUCGAAGCGACGUCGGCGACAACGUCAGCGACAUCUUUUCACCCCGUAUGUUUCCUGGGGGUCGACGAGCAGCUCUCCUCCAGGCCGCCACGGCCGCCCUCGAGACCGACCCCUGCCUUGUGCCCUGCAUUUUGCUCAUCCUGUAAACGCGACGCGACGAUGGCUGACAGCGAGUUCGAGGAGUUCCGACACUACUUCGAGAGGCUGCCCCAACAUCUGAAGACCCCGCUUUCCAACUACACGCUCGUACAUGAUGUAAUGAUCGAUGAUUCGCCAACAUCUUCGCAAGGAAGCGAUGAAGAAGUCGGCAGAUCCUGUGACGUCGUUACCGGCGACUCCGAGGAUGAGGAAGUUGUCGUUAUUCAUCGACACGAUGAUCAAAGCGGACAUACCACCCCUGAUGACAGCGAGGAGCUGGACCAUCACUGUUCGAUCGUAGCUGAUAGCGAUUUCAGGUUGGUAACAUCCCUGUUCGGUGGAUUGAGCAGCAGGGGUCGAUCAGUAGGCGGCGGCGGACCAGGACCGGGCGGGGGUGUCAAUACUGUAUCCGGUAACGGCGGUCGGGAUAGUGUCGUCAGCGAUGUCGGCGACUCGUGUUCCAGUUUGAGCUCCUGGCCUACGCCGGAGCACGUGCCCUCGAAUCGACCCGGAAGCGGCGGCACAGAGCGCAGACGUCGAAGGUUGCCGGAAAUUCCAAAAAACAAGAAAUCUACGCCCAUGUGCCAGACGUCCAUGCAGACGUCAUCUUCUCUGGCAGAUGAAUUGAGCGCUGCCACCGGCUCGACAUCGGUCCGGCCUCAUCUUAUCCUGAGGAAAUGUCAUCCCAGACUUCGUCACGAGGACAGCUCACCUGAUAGCGAGAGAAUGGCCACCGACAGUGGUCAUUCCACCGCUCAUUCACCUGAAAACGGACCCAAAAGCGUAUCGCCCAUACCUUGUAAUACUCUGCAAAACACGGAUUCGGUAUCGCCUAGUAGCACUCCGGGAAGCGGAGGCGUACCGUUUACCCAACUGGAACUGCUGGAGGCAACGCAUCGAGGUCUGCACAAGUUCAUACCACGACAUCACGACGAAAUUGAUCUUGAAAUCGGAGAUCCUAUAUACGUGCAGAAGGAGGCUGACGACCUAUGGUGCGAAGGAGUAAAUCUGAGGACAGGCCGACAAGGUAUCUUUCCGUCAGCUUACGCGGUCGACAUGGACUACAGUGACUUCGACCCCACCGCGCCCAAAGUAAAGAGAGAAAGAUAUCUCCUGGGUUACCUGGGUUCGGUAGAGACCUUGGCGCACAAGGGUACAGGGGUGGUUUGUCAGGCUGUACGGAGGAUCCUACGCAACUCAUUGCAGGAUCCGCCCGUCUCGCAAGGCUGCAUCUUGGAAGUAUCCGAUCAAGGUCUUCGAAUGGUCGAUAGAAGUAAACCAAGAAAAAGUCAAGGUCCCUGUCACGACUAUUUCUAUUCACUGAAAAAUGUAUCGUUCUGUGCGUUUCAUCCUCGAGAUCAUCGUUACCUCGGCUUCAUCACGAAGCAUCCUACUCUACAGAGGUUCGCUUGCCACGUGUUCAUCGGUCUGGAAUCCACGAGACCAGUCGCCGAAGCUGUCGGACGCGCUUUUCAUCGGUUCUACACAAAAUUCAUCGAGACUGCUUUCCCAAUAGAGGACAUCUACAUUGAAUAAAUUGCUCUCGGCCUGACAUAUAACGGCUGUAGAGAAAAUAAUAAAUCUCACUUCUCCCUUGCCCCUGUACAUAUCGCCCGCUAAUUGUAGAUAUAAAAUAAUACGCGAAUCAAACACCCAAUUUAUACAUAUAUUGAACAUAUGUAUAUCUAUGUGUACUGAGCGUUUUUGGGAAGCGUCACGACGGAUUCAAUUUUCCAUUAUAACAUACUCUGUUCCUAAAAAAUUCUUUUCUAUUUCAUGCAUGCGAUUCAAUAUAAUUCUACAUAUGUAAAAGAGAGCGGAAAAAAAUAGCUCAUGAAAGAAUAAUAUUGGUUAAUUAUUUGAUUUUUUAUCAUAGACAUCAUGUCGUUUAAAAUUAACUAUUUUUAUACUGGAAGAUAUUCAAAUACGUUUUUGUUUUUUUGGCAUUAAAUUAUAAUGGUUGAGUAUAUACAUAGUGUUAUUAUUUUAUAAAACUUUUUAUGAGCAUAAGAUAAUUUUCUUUCCAAAUAUUAAAAAAUUUUAUUGUUGGAAUGUUUCUGCUAACGAAACGCAAAAUGCGACACAGCAAAAAAAAAAGUUCACGAAUGAAGAAUAAUAUAUAUUGACGCUUUAACAAUUGAUAAAAAUUGAUCUGUUUUCAAUUGCGAAAAUUUAUUUCUAUCUAUUUCUAUACUAUAUUCUCACAGUUGAAAGCAGAGCAAAUUUUGCAAAAUAAUUUAAUCGUUCAACCUCAUUAACGUCCCAAUUAUAAUAACGUCACUUUUGAUUUGAUGAAAGUUUGAUUAAAAAAAGUCUUUAUAUUUAUGUUUCAAAAAGUAUACAUCAAUUUUUCAAAUAAUAAAAAUAUUAAUAUUGCAAUAGAUACACGCAUAUAUAUUGAUACUUAAAAUAGAUUUUUUUAAAAUUUAAAUCGCAUGAAUACAAAGAAAUUAGAAAUUGUUUAAUUUUAGAUCAAAGAGCAAUUUUUGGCAAUUAAACGGUUAAAUAUCACGACUCAACGUAAUUAAUAGUCGCGUCAUGCCUGAAAAGAAGUUCGUUAAAUAUUCUUUAAAAAUUUGAUAAUUAAUAAUUAGAAUGCGAAUUAAUUCCUAAAAUCGCAAUCCUAUGACCAAGUUAAUUCGUUUAAUGAUAUACAUAUAGAAAAAGGGAAUGACAAUAGUGUUGGCUCACAUUGGAGUUGGAUCACAUGAAGUUUAGCGAAAAGAAAAUCGUAGCAGAGAUUAAACCAUUAACCGAUUUAAAAAAAAAAGAUGCUUAACUUUUUUGGCACGCAUCGGAUGUGCUUUUUGCUGAUGGCAUACUUCAUCGUAGCAACGAAUAGUCGUCUAGAAUCUAGAACGAUCUCCAAUUGUAUUGUUCUUAUUGUAAGAGGACAGCGGUCAAUGUGUAUAUGUGCGCUCCGUUAUUAGAAUCUCGUAUAUUUUUCUAUCCUUUGCUCUCUGUAAAAUCACCAAUUAUAAGUUUCGUUAUUAUGACGAUAAUAUUUUAAGUACUCUUGAAUCUCUUCCGGUCUCGUCCGACUCUGUGAAAGACACUAUCGAAAUAACGCACAUUGGCCUCUGUAUCGAAAAUAUUAUUAUGCUGCAUUGCAAUGUUUUCGCCGAAUAUACAGUAUAAACUAAAUUGCAAGUACCAUUUCGUUGCGGAUAAUGUGAAAUAAUAAAAAAAAGAGUAGAAAUGAAAAAAAAUAUGAUAUUACUUGUGCGUGCAAUUGACAUGAACAGUAUUAUUAUCAAUUGAUACUACUACCGCUAUUAAUCUGUCUUUAUUUUAUAAUCCCUUUUUCAUUGCGGAUAAACUGCAUCUGUUGAUCAGGAAACUUUUAUCGAGAGGCAGUCAGUCAUCAAUUUAAUCGAUGAACACAAUUGUAUUUACAAAUUGUUUUUAAAUUAUCAAGUGGUCACUUUCGCAAUUUAAUUUAAAAUAUGCGUGAAAUACAAACAAUAAGAAUUAGCAAAAAAAUUCAUUAAAAUAUUUUUUUAUAAAUAUCUAGUUAUUUUAAAAAAGCUCGUAGAUUCAAACUUUAUGUGGUAUUUCGGUAUAAAAAAAUUAAAACUAUAAUAUUUUACGAUAAAAUCUCGCGAUUUCGUAAUUAAAACUUUCUGUAUACAUAUUAAGAAUCUUAUUGAUUGACAUCUCGACAAUACAAAUUCUGCGCAUUGUUUCAUUUGACAAUUAGUGUAUGUCAGAUAAGUAUAUGACUCUUACACACGAUAAACAACUUUAUACACAUUCAACACAACAUGCAUCUAUUAUACGGUAUAUUGAAUAAAAAUUGAGAGACAAUUUACGAUGAUUAUUCAUUUUAGGAUCUCUCACUGUAUCGCGAUAUGCAAAACAUUUACACGUGCCUUUGAUUAAGAUCGCCUCGAAAUGCGGUGCCUUUUCGAUUAUUUUCUCAUAGAGCUAUAUCGCUGUUGUGCAGAAAUUCAUUAUUCUGACGACAUAGUGAUUCUUCUCAAAUCUGUUCAAGACACAUUAUCGAAUAAAAUAAUAGAGAUGUGAGAUACAAA